UCAUAAAAAUUAACAGGCCGGUUGCAACUGGUACCGCGAUACUAAAUAAUUAAUUACCCAGAAUUUCCUCAUUUUUUCUCAAGAAUUCCAUAUUCAGUAAAAAUUUAAACUCGAAAUAUUAAUUACCAUGUUUUUCUAAACGUAAAUAUUAUAAUUUCGAUGGGAAGAGCUUCAAUCGGCAUGUUGGAGUUCUAUCAGCAUUAGUUUGAAAUUCUACCACUGUCGCAUUGUGAUGAUGAAGCUCCAAUUCACUGUCGUUACCAUGACAACUGAUCAGCUGGCUCGCCGAAAUAAAGGUAACACAAACAAACGUCAGUCCCGUCACUUGAUGGUUUUUUUUUUUAUGAGAAUUUCGCCCCUUCAUCUCGUAUGUUUCAAAUCAGUUCAUUAUUUUUAAGAUCCAUUGUUUUUCGAGCCUCUCAGGUACGUCGUUCGUUGUACGGUGUUAAGCACAACGCGAAACGUGGAAUUUUCUACAUACGUCUCGAAGAUGACGAUUCUGCAGUCCUAACUUACAAAGCUGAUGGAAGAAUUUUGGAUAUGCAGGCAAUCAAUGUACCGAGCCAUCAUCAAGGUCGAGGUCUUGCGAGAUUACUAGCUGAGGCAGCAUUGACGUACGCCAUAGUGAACGACUAUUACAUGUUGUUGAACUGCGAGUACAUGCAGAAAUUUUAUUUGGCAACAAAGAGCCCGGAGCUGGAAGAACGAGUUAUCGGACCAAAGCACAUACUCGAGGCUCAACAAUCAGAUCCAUUGGACAGUGAAACAGUUCAGGAAUUGCCAGAGCCGGAGGAUUUCGAAGUGCCUUUUACCAAAUAG